CCAGCAGCACUUGCAACUCAGCUGGUUUCAUCUGUCAUCAUUCUGUUCAACGUGUUAAAGUUUACAGCCCGCAAACUGUACGGACUUUAAGAAAAGUCCAGAAAACGGAAUUAUUGACUACUACUGAAAGGUAUUCAGCUGCUUUAGGCACGUGACCCUGUGUCUAAAUGUACACCUCGCGUGACGAGUCUGGAUUUGGAUUUGCUGACAGGCAGGUUUGACUUCCUCUUCUCCGCUGAGCCAGACUCGUCCCGUCUUCACGCCACGGCAGAGACAUGAUCCACAACCUACCUCAUUGUCUGAGAGGAUCACCAUGGAGCUGAACCUGAAGGCUGGGAGUCCUGGAGGAGGAAUGUCAGCCUGGAAGGUGGUGCUGUUGUUGGUCGGGGUGCAGUGUUUACAUGUGGUCGCCCUCAAAUCGCAGCUCUUCACCCGAGGGGACGCGUUAGAUUACUCCUCCAGAAAGGCGGUCGACUAUAAAACCUUUUAUUUGAACCAGAAGAUUGAUCAUUUUGGCUUUUUUGAGAAUGGCACCUUCAAACAGCGCUACCUGGUGGCCGACCAGCACUGGCAUCAGGCAGGGGGGCCCAUCCUGUUUUACACCGGGAACGAAGGCGACAUCACCUGGUUCUGCAAUAAUACUGGCUUCAUGUGGCAGGUCGCCGAGGAGCUGGGCGCCAUGUUGGUGUUCGCAGAGCACCGUUACUAUGGAGACUCCAUGCCCUUCGGUCCAGACUCCUACAGUGACAGCAAGCACCUGAACUACCUGAGCUCGGAGCAGGCCCUGGCCGACUUCGCGGUGCUGAUCCGGGAGCUGAAGGGCUCGUGGCCGGGCGCCCGCAGCAGCGCCGUCAUCGCCGUGGGCGGGUCCUACGGCGGGAUGCUGGCGGCCUGGCUGCGCAUGAAGUACCCCAGCGUGGUGGUGGGAGCUCUAGCAGCUUCAGCCCCUAUCUGGCAGUUCCCUGGCAUGGUCCCGUGUGGAGACUUCCACCGCAUCGUGUCCCAGGACUUCGCCUCCUCCGGGCCCAACUGUGACGUGAACAUCAGACGCUCUUGGGGCGCAAUCGACAAGAUCGCCUCUACUGCUGAAGGUCUUGCGUGGCUGUCGGGGACGUUCAGUCUGUGCGCUCCUCUGAAGAGCCGUCCGGACUCUGUGGCCUUCAAGGAGUGGCUGCAGGAGACCUGGGUCAACCUGGCCAUGGUGGACUACCCCUAUGAGGCCAGCUUCCUGCAGCCCCUGCCCGCCUGGCCCGUACAGGCGGUGUGCAGGCAUCUCGGGUUUGACUCCUCCGUGUCGGACUACCAGCUGCUCCAGGGGGUGUCCGAGGCCGCCAGGGUGUACUACAACCACACCGGGACCGCCGCCUGCCUCAACACCUCCUCCACGGCCACCGGGAGCCUGGGCUUCCUGGGCUGGUAUUACCAGGCGUGCACGGAGAUGGUGAUGCCUCUGUGCACGGACGGGGUCCAGGACAUGUUCGAGCCCCAGGCCUGGGACUUCCAGGCCUUCUCGGACGAGUGCCAGGCCCUGUUCGGGGUGCGCCCGCGGGCGUCCUGGGCUGAGACCCAGUACGGCGGGAAGGACCUCUCUGCCCACAGCAACAUCAUCUUCAGCAACGGUGGCCUCGACCCCUGGUCCGGCGGGGGGGUGACGCGCAACAUCUCCGACAGCGUGGUUGCCAUAGUGAUCCCGCAGGGCGCGCACCACUUGGACCUGCGCUACGACAACGAGCGCGACCCCCCCGCGGUGCGGGGCGCCCGUGCCCUGGAGGUAGACUACUUCAAAGCCUGGGUCCGGCAGGCCCGGAGAGCCCCCUGAACCGGGGUCGCACUGGGGGGGGGGG